CGCAUCUUUCCGCGCUGUAGCUCCACUCGUGCACGUCACAGCAAGUGGAAUAGAACGAGAACGAAAGAAGAGGUGAGACGGGCUCCGCCUACUCUCCGUUCACGUGACCGAACAAAAUCCACGUCGGUCAAAUCGUUGCAGCGGACCAAGUCAGCUCUGAUUCACUUUACCGGUAGAACGGUGCAGGACGGUAAAGGUGCAUGUAAAGUUAGCUUGCUAUCAAACUGUUCUCGUCGUUUCGUCGUCGUUUCGUCGGUUCUCAACGACGUCAACGAUUCGCGCGAGACGACAAGCUUGAAUCUACGCUGAAGACACUAUAGACGCCCUCGACCCUGCUGGUUAUCACGUGCACGAGCUGUGCUUCAUGUUUACAUCUCUGGCGACCGUCUGGCUCUUGAUGGUCCAUAUCAUAUCGAUUCAGUCGUUUGAGCGAGAUGAAGGCUCUGUGUCUAUCGCCAGUGGCAAUGUCACAAGGUCUAUCAGAGGCUAUGACGUGACUCUAGCUUGUCUCGGGAACUUUCAGGAGCGAACGCCGGUGUGGCUCAAGGACGAUCGACCUCUGGCGGUCGCUUACACUGGAAAUGACACGAAGAACAACCACACGAGAAGUCUCACUAUUGAAAAUGUUGAUCUUACUGAUUCUGGAUACUAUACAUGCCAAACGAGUGCUGGAAAUGCCACGACAUUGUUGGUAGUCGAUAUCCUUCCGUCUGUUCGAGUAUACAAGCAUUCAUCAUCGAUCGGUGGGAAUGGACAGAGAGUACUCAAGUGUAUUGUUGACGGCUUGCCCAAGCCAAUGUCAUGGUGGAAAGUGGUGACCGAGUAUGGAGAAAAGAAGUUGAAGAGUUAUCGUGAAAAUAACAGAACGCUCAUUGUUUCAGCUAGAGAGAAUGGGUUGUAUGUAUGUCUCGCAUCCAACAGAGCUGGAUCUGCUAGGGCAGUGAUAGAGAUAUCGCCAUCUCCGUUGAUAGAGUUAACACAUCCCAUACGAACAGAUCAAGUCUCUUCUCUUUUUGUUCCAGUGACGCAGACAACAGAAGAAGAAGGAUCGUCCGGACCGUCGGUCGUGUUGAUCUUGCUCGUGCUCGGAUGUGUGGUGGUCGUCAUGUUUCUAGCAUUCGUCAUUCAUACGUUAGCACGGAAUUAUUGUCCUACAAACAGGAUGAAGUCGGACGAGUCUCCGUGUGGCAGUGGUCUGAUGUUUAUGAAAGGAAAUCUUCGACGAAGCAACGGUAUACUCGGUCUGUCACCCAAACCUGCUCAGUCACAGGAAAAGGGUCAGACAUUCCAAUCUCUUGAUAAUAAUCUACCGUCUCGCACUGAGCACGGAAAGUACAGCAGUGCUCUUUCAAUAGACGUUGCUCACUCAAAGUCUUUGGAAGAGACCGGAGACGAUAUGGGUCAGGGAAAGUCAUCGAGGGACAAGUAUUUAAACAGACAAAGUUUGCAGCAGAGUAAGGCAAUUCAGGGAAGGCAAGAAACUGCUGUGUGACUGCUGAGUUUGAACAAUAAAUUGGAACACCCGAUCGGUCGGUAGAAGUAAGUUAUUGUUGAGUUAUUAUUGUUAAGUUAUUGUUGUUAUUUAUUGUAGCGGUUUAUAAUUUAUUGAAGUUUUUGUAGAUUUGAUCCUAUUGUUGUCUAAUUAAUUAAUCGAUAUCGUUUGUAGCUAUUGUAUCAAUAGUGACAGAUUUGAGGUUACAAACAGUUCAGAUGUGGUAGUGCGUAGUUGUACCGACAUAUAAAGGUGUUAUCAGUUCAUUAUGCCUUAGUGCGCUUACUCAAUGGAGGCAUACAGUAC